CACAGAGAGGAUAUAAUGUGACAUCCCAGGUUUAUUCUUUAUUUUGUAGACGUUCACGAGAGAUGAGGGAUCAAGUCACAUCAUCUGAUCGAGGGAACUAUGGCGCUGUCAUCGCGCUGGCGGCAAUCAGCUUCAUGCUGCUGCGGAAAUGGAUAGCUGGUGGUGUCUGCAAAAGCCAUGCUCGUCUAGAUGGAAGGACAGUUGUGAUUACUGGUGCUAACACUGGGAUUGGCAAGGAAACUGCAAAAGAUAUGGCUCGUAGAGGGGCUCGGGUAGUGAUGGCCUGCCGGGACCUGACUCGUGCCAAGAAUUCUGCAGAGUAUAUCCGACGCUCCACAGGAAAUGGCAAUGUAGUCAUCAGACACUUAAAUCUGGCCUCUCUCUAUUCUGUCCGAGAAUUUGCCAAAGAGUUCAAAGCAACAGAAGAACGACUGGAUAUACUUAUAAACAAUGCAGGUGUUAUGAUGUGUCCGAAGUGUAUUACAGAGGAUGGCUUUGAGACACAGCUGGCUGUCAAUCACUUGGGACAUUUUCUUCUAACCAAUCUACUGUUAGGAAUGCUAAAGAGAUCCUCCCCCAGCCGCAUAGUGAAUGUGUCCAGUAUUGCACAUGUUGGUGGAAAGAUUGAAUUUGAUGACCUGUUCUUUGACAAAAGGCCUUACAGUUCUUUGCUCAGCUAUAAACAGAGUAAGCUGGCCAAUGUGCUUUUCUCUAGAGAACUUGCACAGAGAAUGAAAGGUACAGGAGUCUCCGUGUACUGCCUGCAUCCAGGAGUGAUUCGAACAGAGCUGAAUCGCCAUGUUCUGGCAUGGUACCCAAUGCUGAAGACUAUACUCUCUCUGCCUUCUAUGCUGCUGAUGAAAACUCCCUGGCAGGGCGCACAGACCUCUAUCUACUGCGCUGUCACUGAGGGCUUAGAGAGGAAGUCUGGCUGCUACUUCAGUGAUUGCACUGAAAAAGACCCGUCACCAGAAGGAAAAGAUGAUGAAGUGGCAAGAAGGUUGUGGGAGGAAAGUGUUCGGCUGGUUGGACUAAACAACCGCCACUGACAUGUCAUACCUCUACACUCUUCCUGAUUGUAAGCGCUCCACCUAAUGGUGAUACCUGCGACCCCAAACUCUUACCAGUGAGGUGGCCACAGAUUAUUGUCAAGGCAAAUUACAUGAUUUGCAUCAGAAGAUUUAUUUACCAGCCUUUUUUGUGUUCUUGGAAAAGGAUUAUCAAGAAAAAAAGUCUCAGAGGAUAUAGCUGCAUUGCUGUGUUUUCUAAGCAAUUGAUCACAUUCUUAUCAUCUGUACAUAUGUCAGAUAUAUUAAACGUGGACAGAUUUAGGGAUA